AAGAAAAACCCGACGGCGUAGUUCCGGGUUGUGUCAAGUCGACGAGUCGCCCGCUGUCCUCCGCGGCUGUUGCUGUUGCUGUUGUUGUUGUUGUUGUUGUGUCUCCUUUUCAAACUUCCAGCACCAUGUUCAAAGGUUUGGGGACGUGGCUGGGUCUGGAGAACCCGGCGGACGCGAAGGCGGCGGAUGACAGAGACGACGAGGAGAGCGCGCGGCAGGAAGUGAAGGUGGUGGAGGCUCAGAACGAGGUAAACAAACAGCAGGCGGCCGCCGAGCGCGAUGGAGCCGCGGAGGCGAGCCCGGACAGCCCGGAGCAGAGCAAAGGGCUGAGCGAGUUCAUCUUCAGCUUCGCCUCCAGCGCCACCAAGAAGAUCUCGGAGUCCGUGGUGGAGACGGCCCAGACCAUCAAGAAGACGGUGGAGGACGGGAAGAUCGACGGCAUCAUAGACAAGACCUUUCUGGGAGACUUCCAAAAGGAGCAGGAGAAGUUUGUCCAAGAGAACAAAUCCAAAAAAUCAGAAGCAGCGGUGCCUCCCUGGGUCGGCUACAACGAGGAGGAGACAAUCCAGCAGCAGAUACUCGCUCUGUCAGCCGACAAGAGGAACUUCUUGCGGGACCCUCCCGCUGGCGUUCAAUUCCACUUCGAAAUGGAGCAGAUGUAUCCUCUGGCUGCAGUGAUGCUGGAGGAAGACCAACUCCUUAACCGCAUGCGCUUCGACCUGGUUCCCAAACACGUGAAGGAGGAGGCGUUCUGGAGGAAUUAUUUCUACCGGGUGUCUCUGGUCAAGCAGUCGGCUCAGCUCACGGCACUGGCGGCUCAGCAGCAGCAGCAGAAGGAUGGCAAGGACAGAGGGGCCGGUGUUGCACCCGAGGACGUUGUCUUAACAGACAACAUCAGACCAAAAACUCCACCCGUCUCCAUCAGCGACAUGCAAAAGCCGCCUCCAGAGGAAGAGGAGGAGAUGUCGACGAGCCCCGGGGUGUCUGAGUUUGUGAGCGACGCGUUCGACUCGACGGACAUCAACCAGGAGGACCUGAGGAAAGAGAUGGAGCAGCUGGUGCUGGACAAGAAGGAGAGCACCCCAUCUCCUGACGACGAGUCCGCGGACUGGGAGAAGGAGCUGCAGCAGGAGCUCCAGGAGUACGAGAUGGUGGCCGAGUCGGACAACAAAGACGAACAGUGGGAUCAAGAGAUCGAGAAGAUGCUCCAGGCCGACGAGAGCUAGAUGACCGCCGCGCGUCCGUCUCCCGGAACAGGCAGUGUGAUCUGGCACCAGAAUGGACGAAUAAGUGACCAGUGAUGCACGCGGGGGGUGAACUUCCACGUCCUCCGCCCCGCCCCCAACUGUGACUACAAUCUUGUAAAACAUUCCCCUGUUCCCGACGAAGGUGUACAUCCAGAGAGCGUGUCCUCUCUGCCAGAAGUGGCGGUUAUGUUCAGCCCUAUUAGUGAAGUGUUGCCCUCAUCGCUCCUUCCUCCUAAAUCAAUUUGAUCUUCUCGGUUCUCCCUUCUCUUCUUCUCUCUCUCUGGUGGGAAACAGUUGCUAGAGGGCGCUGCAGGACAAGUACCAAGAAUUUAUUAAUGGAGAGGGCGAAGAGCUGUGAUCUUUUUCUUCCACUGCUGCUUUGUCGCGGGCUGUAAAGUCAAGUCUUAGUGUCGUUAUAGUACAGUGAAGUCAAAUGUAAAGUUACAUUUAUGUAAAUAAAGCGGAUCCUUACCCUAAAGUUCACUCCAGCUUGUGUUCCCAUUUCAUUACAUCAGCUUUUCCAAUUUAUAUUUGGGAACACGUUUCGACAAACUGCCCUGUCACUUUGUUUUCACUGCAACUGAAAUACUGUAUAUUUUCUGUAUCAUUGCACAUCCUUUAAUAAAUAAUGAGCUGUUA